AUGACAUAUGGACGAUUGAUUCGUUUCCUGGACGAAGAUUCAGUGGAACACUAUGGUGAACCUAUCAUCGACCAUGCUGACGACCUGCUGGUCCGGGCUUCCGAGCAGAUAUUGCAAGCGACAGUACUGACGGGAACUUCCAUCUUCACACUGGACAGCCGGACCACCGGAACAAAGAAAGUCGCACAAAUACUGCCGCUUCUGACUUCGAGCGAAGUCCCACUGAUCCGGUGCAUUGGGCUGAAUUAUCUCAAGCAUAUCAAGGAAGGCGGCCGUUCACCGCCUCCAUACCCUUCAGUGUUCACUAAGCCAUCGACAAGCAUCGCGUCCUAUAACGAGGAUAUCCCAAUACCUUUCAUUGCUCAGCAUGACCAGCUCGACUACGAAGGCGAGCUGGCCAUACUGAUUGGCAGGACAGGGAAAGACAUCAGCAAAGCAAACGCCCUCGACUACGUCGCAGGCUACGCCGUCUCCAACGACGUAAGUGCAAGGACCUGGCAACGAAAACCCGAGUACGCCGGGCCGGUGCCGCAGUGGGAUUUCAGCAAGGGUUUCGACAAAUUCGCACCGCUUGGUCCCCUUCUCGUCUCACCGAGCUUGGUCAACGAAGCAAGCGGCCUUCGACUGCAGACCUGGGUAAAUGGAGAGCUUCGUCAGGAUUCGGACACCAGUGAUAUGUUGUUUGGUGUUCGGGAAAUUGUUGCGUUCAUCAGUCAAGGGACUACUUUACAGCGAGGUACUGUUAUCUUGACCGGUACACCUGCGGGUGUUGCCAUGGGCAUGAAACCACACCCGCUCUAUCUUAAAGAUCAGGACGUGGUCAAAGUACGCAUUGAGGGGUUGGGUUUCGUGGAGAACAAGAUGGUGUUCGAGAAGAGGGCAUAG